GAAAUAGUACUAAUAGCUCUUAUUGCAUUACUGGCUCUAUGGCAAGGCACUUUGGCUCAAUCAGAUUGCGGCAAUGCAAUCAUCGGCAUGUCUUCGUGCCUCAAUUAUAUAACAGGAAAUACAUCUUCAGCAUGCUGUUCUCAGCUUGCUACAGUGAUGCUCUCACAACCACAAUGCCUGUGUCAGGUACUUAAUGGUGGUGCUUCCUCACUAGGCGUCAACGUUAAUCAGACUCAGGCUUUGGCUCUCCCCGAUGCUUGCAACGUUAAAACACCCUCUGCUAGCCGCUGUAAUGGUUCUUAUCCAUCCGAUUCUCCUUUAGGAACAGGGAAAACAUCGAAAAUUGGGGAUUCAUCGGAUGGAAAUUCUACCAAAUUAGCACUUUCUAUGCUCUUUUUCUUGCUCUUUGUUGCAUCAUUUGCUUCGGCUUCAAAUGCCUUCUAAUCCUACUGCUUCACCAAUGUUCAAUUAAUAUAUAGCUGCUAAAUAUUUCACAUGUAUUUUGUAAUAUUUGUUAUUGUUACUGAAUUGGGAGAAAAACAAGUAGCAACGGAAACAAAGAAAACGAAGAACAAACACACAAUUUACGUAGAAACCCUUGACGGGAAAAACCACGAGCAGGGAGAAGCAAAUCCAAUAUUGAAAGAUUGGUACAAGGUGAGCCAAAUUUCGAGAUACCCUAAAAACCCCAAUAACGGCCGAACAAAAAAUACAGAUAUAUAUAUAGUACGGAAGAAACCUUAAAAUUGAACAGGUUCAUCGGCCCGAGAUCUCCGCUUCCACCACAGAGUCCCAAAUUUUUCUCCAAAAUUAGUUUCACCAAAUGGGUCGCACCGCGAGCUUUUCGGAUCGGAUCAACAAGAAUUCGGGUCACUAACUCUAACAGUUAUUUUUUUGUUGGGAGUAGUAGAUUCAUAAUAUUAUUAUGUUUAUGUUGUAUUAGUGUUUUGGGCGCUCCCCUUUAGGAAUGGGAUUAUGAUUAGUUUUGUGUCGCAUGGUCAAUAAGGGUAUUGAAUAAUUAA